CCGCGGCGUUACCGGAGCGCCGUGCGCCGGGACCGCUUCUGCCGCCUCCUCCCGCCUCGGACCUUCUCCGGUGCCGGAUACAAAAUGGCGGUGCCGUCACGGGCGGGCGGCGGGGCGGCGGCGCUGCUGCUGCUGGGGCUGCUGGGCUCGGCCGCCGCCGACUGCCCCGCCGGCUGCGCCUGCGACGGGGAGCUGCUGAGCUGCGGCGGGCUGGCGCUGCCCGCCGUGCCCCGGGACCUGCCUGGCUGGCCGCGGCACGUAAACCUGAGCUACAACAAGUUGACGGAGAUUGAUCCUUCUCCCUUUGCAGGGCUGUCCAACCUGCAGGAAGUGCGACUGAACAACAACGAGCUGACGGCCAUUCCCUCCUUGGGACCUGCUGCUUCCAGCCUCCGCUCCCUCUACUUGCAUCACAACAGGAUCCGCAGCAUUGAAGCAAGUCAACUGAAGCCCUACGUUUCCCUGGAAACGUUGGACCUGAGUUUCAAUGACAUCACGGAAAUCCGAAACGGCUGCUUUCCACAGGGACUUCACAUAAAGGAGCUCUACCUGGGGAGCAACAGAAUCAGCACCCUGGAGCCUGGUGCUUUUGAUAGUCUGUCACGGUCCCUGCUAACACUUCGUCUGAGUAAAAACAGGAUCACUCAGCUUCCUGUCAAGGCCUUCAGGCUGCCCAGGCUAAUACAACUGGAGCUGAACCGGAAUCGCAUCCGCCUGAUCGAAGGGCUGACGUUCCAGGGACUGGACAGCCUGGAAGUGCUGAAACUCCAGCGCAACAACAUCAGCAAACUGACUGAUGGUGCUUUCUGGGGUCUGGCCAAGAUGCAAGUUCUCCACCUGGAGUAUAACAGCCUGACAGAAGUAAACAGUGGCUCUCUUUAUGGCCUUUCAUCUCUGCACCAGCUUCACCUGAGUAACAACUCCAUAUCCCGCAUCAACCCCGAUGGCUGGAGCUUCUGUCAGAAGCUGCAUGAGCUAAUACUCUCUUACAACAAUCUAACCAGGCUGGAUGAGGGAAGCUUGGCAGACCUUGGGGGACUGCACGUACUGCGACUGAGCCACAAUUCCAUCAAUCAUAUUGCAGAAGGUGCUUUCAAGGGACUCAGAAACCUUCGUGUCCUGGAACUGGACCACAACAACAUCUCGGGCACGAUAGAAGAUACCAACGGUGCCUUUACAGGCCUAGAAAACCUAAGCAAGCUAACUCUGUUUGGAAACAAGAUCAAGUCAGUGGCCAAGAAAGCCUUCUCAGGGUUGGAGGCCCUGGAGCACCUGAACCUGGGGGACAACGCCAUCCGCUCCAUUCAAGCAGACGCCUUUGCGAAGAUGAGGAGCCUGCGGCAGCUCCACAUAAACAGCGACAGCUUCCUGUGCGACUGCCAGCUGAAGUGGCUGCCCCCGUGGCUGGCUGAGAAGGAGCUGCAGGCCUUUGUGGUGGCCACCUGUGCCCAUCCCGAGGCUCUGAAGAGCAAGAGCAUUUUUGCCAUCCUGCCAGAGAGUUUUGUGUGUGACGACUUCCCCAAGCCGCAGAUCAUCACCCAGCCCGAGAUGACGGUGGCCGUGCUGGGCAAGGACAUCCGCUUCACCUGCUCGGCCGCCAGCAGCAGCAGCUCGCCCAUGAUGUUCGCGUGGAAGAAGGACAACGAGAUGCUGCACAACGCCGAGAUCGAGAACUUCGCGCACGUGCGUGCGCAGGCGGGGGAGGUGAUGGAGUACACCACCAUCCUGCACCUGCGCCGCGUCACCUUCGCGCACGAGGGCCGCUACCAGUGCGUCAUCACCAACCACUUCGGCUCCACCUACUCCAGCAAGGCGCGGCUCACUGUCAAUGUGUUGCCCUCGUUUAUCAAAACGCCGCACAACAUCACAAGCCGGACGGGGACGACGGUGCGCCUGGAGUGCGCGGCCGAGGGCCACCCCGCGCCGCAGAUCGCCUGGCAGAAGGACGGCGGCACCGACUUCCCGGCGGCCCGCGAGCGCCGCAUGCACGUCAUGCCCGACGACGACGUCUUCUUCAUCACCGACAUCAAGGUGGAGGACAUGGGCGUCUACAGCUGCACGGCACAGAACUCCGCGGGCUCCGUGCUCGCCAACGCCACCCUCACCGUGCUGGAGACGCCGUCUCUGAUUCAUCCCCUGGAAGACCACGUGGUGUCUGUGGGUGAGACGGUGGCCCUCCAGUGCAAAGCCACGGGCAACCCAGCGCCCCGCAUCACCUGGCUCAAGGGCGACCAACCCCUGGUCGUGACAGAACGGCACCACUUCGCCUCUGGCAACCAGCUGCUGAUCGUCAGGAACGUCGUGCUGGAGGACGCAGGGAAGUACACGUGUGAGAUGUCCAACACCCUGGGCACAGAGCGCGCACACAGCCACGUCAGCAUCCUGCAGGCCCUGGGCUGCAGGAAGGACCGCACCACCGUGGGCAUCAUCACCAUCGCCGUGGUGUGCAGCAUCGUGCUCACGUCUCUGGUCUGGGUCUGCAUCAUCUACCAGACCAGGAAGAAGAGUGAAGAAUACAGCGUCACCAACACAGAUGAGACCAUCGUGCCUCCCGACGUGCCCAGCUACUUGUCCUCCCAGGGGACUCUGUCGGAGCGGCAGGAGGCGGCCGUCAGGGUCGAGAACCCGCAGCCCAACGGGCACCUGGACGCCAACGGUAUGUGUCAGACUGAUGCUGGAAGGUGUCCAGAUGUUGAAGCUCCCACUGUAGGUUGCAGACAGCCCAAGCUGUGCAUCGGCUGCAAUAAAGACACUUGGAAAACUGAAGACGUGGCUGAUGGAAUGCUGCUUCCAGAUAAGACAGGGUGCGCCUGCUGCCGCGGCAGCGCCGACAACGUCAGCCUGUGCCCGUGCGCCGAGAGCCUGCAGCCUGCCGCCGGUCCCCAGCUGAGCAGCACCGAGACACACAGGCAGAGGCCUGCGGGCGCCGGCCUCCUCCAUCCGCCGCCGUGCAGCGGGACGGGCAGCGCCACGGACGGGACCCUCUACCCCAGCAACCACGACAGAAUGCGAGCCGCCAGCGUCGCUGCCCCGCUGCUGGCACACAGCCACGGCUCUUCACAAGCAGCAGCAAAGCCUUCAGAGCUUAACAACCUGAAUUUGGUGAGAGCUUCCUCAGCAGGAGGGUCAUUAAAGCAACUGAACGUGCUUCCUGAAAUCCCCACCCCCUUCCUGGAGCUGCAGUGCGAGGCAGCAGCACAACAGGCUCUGCUGGCCAACGGCUACACGCCCAAGCCCUGCGACGCCCUCCGUGAGCCAAACCCACCCAGCAGCUCUCUGGAGGGAGGGGACAAGCUGCCAUGUGCAAAUUAACAAACACACUAUCCUUUUGUAAUUCUGGGGCUGUUUUGGGGGUUGUUUUUUUUUUUGCACAGAGUAUUUAGGCUACUUACUUCUACCUCAACUCUUGGACUGAUCACCUGUCACAGGCAAAACAACUGAGGUAUGAGAAACGAGCUUGUAUGGGGAACAACUCCUGUUCGAGCGUCACCUGUUUGUACAUAGUUUAAAACUUCCCUGAGGAGUAUGAAGCAUUCAAAAGUUGACUUGCAUAUGAAGCACAUAAAUGCAAGGGAUUAUUGUGUAAAGAGAAAAAAGUAUUUGAUACAAUUGUACAUAAGAGUUUUCAUAUAUAAAUAUAUAUAUAUAUAAAUAUAUAUAUAUCUCUAUCUUUUACAGAGGCUAUUUUAAUCUCUAGUGCAUGGAAAACUGAGUGAAAUUUUACCAUUUUGGCAAUAUUGUUUUCAAUAUCAGGUUGCUGUUAAACUUUGUGUGAGAAAAUAAUUCUGGUGCCUUAAAUGCAAAAGCAGGACUUUGAAAUGCCAGACUGUUCCAAAGGGAUUGUCCUCUUGGCAAGGGAGGGUCCUUCCCAGCAAGGAUCGGGUGGGUUACUUAGCACAAAUUUCCUUCCCCUUUGAAAUUUAUUGCACUUAACACAUUUAGACAGAGAUCUUCAGUUGUUUCAGAUGGCUGUAGGGAUAAAACCCCAUGCAGUGAGAGAAAUCACGUGGCAACCUGAUUUUUUGUUCUUUUCCUGUUGGUGGAAGAACUUCAAUUCCAUUCUUUUUCAAACCUGAGUAAAAAAUGAGUCUUUGGGCUGUGUGCAGCGUUGGAGCAGGUCACAGGCAUGGAAUCAUUCUGCCAUGGUGCUGGGCCUCAGACUGACCAACAGCAAGGCUGGGGGAGGAGCAAUCCUUACCCAGCUGCAGGCUGGCUGACCUGCCAGCUGUACCCUUGGUUCAUCCGAGAUCCUUCUCCCUUCCCCAGCAACACAACGUUGUGCUUUGUCAUUGAGCUGUGGCCCCCAGCUGCAGGCAGAGCCUUUACAUGGAAACAGCCGCCUCAAACCAAUUCCACUGCCCUGUGCCGCAGUUCCAGGCUGCUCAGAAAUCUCCUUGGGAAGGGAAACUGGGUAAUUUGUGGUUGAAAGUGCUCUGUUAAAUGGGAAUGUCCCAAGUACUUUUGUGUGGUCUUUUAAGUUUCUCCAUGAAUAGGGGGAAAGAGAAAAACCCACCUUGGUCAAACAGAUAUUUGUCACUUCGAACUUCACUUAGGAUGCUGUUUAUUUCUAGAAAGGCUGCUUUGUGUUGGUACCUGUGGAUGGAGGACUCCCAGUUACUUGUAGUUUGAGUUCUGCUAACGUAGGGUUGCUAACUGGGGUGAUGACUACUCUGGGGGAAGGUUGAGGGGGGGGUUAUUACUUUGUUCCUUAGGAGCAACUCCAGUGCCAGUUCUGCCGAAGCCAGGGGACACCCACCUUUGCUGGUUACUGUGGCUCAGAACAAGCACCAGAGAUAGGGGCAGAAACAUUUUGUUUUCAGGGCAAAAGCAUGUAAUGUUCUGUUCAGAGCCAUCCCUCAGGGGCUCUCCUGCGGGUGGGCUCUGAGGGCAGUGCCCUGCUGCCCUGCACCAGGACCGGGGGCUUGUCCAGCCUUACCUGGAGGAGCCACCACCUCCCGAAAGGGACCGACCGCUGUCUGCUGCUGUAGGCUGCCCGGCUGAGCCCCACCAUGCUGAGCAGGGCCUCAUUCAGCCAGGGGCCUGCCUGGGUCAGCUCCUGGCUCUUGCCACGUUUGCACUUUGCUCUGACUGAACUGGGCACUCACAUAAUUAGCCACCUGUCUCAAAGGAAAGGGAUGUUAGACAACGAAAACUGAGCAGACUUUUCCCUUUGCAGAAAUGUGUUUGGGAGCCAACCCGAGGGAGGGUGGGAGGAACUGGGAAUGAUUUCAUUGCCUCGUCCUGCUGGUGGGAGUGUCACCAUCCCUGCAGAGACGAAGCAUCUUUGCCACACUAACACUUGCAAAUGAUAACUGCCUAACGUUCUGACUUCCACUAAAUAUGUGAAUUUGCUGCUUCUAAGAGGCAAUGUGAAAGAGGAAGUAUUACUUUUGUGUACAAAGUUAUUUAUUUAUUAGAAAAUUUGGUACAAUGUUGUACAUUGACAAACAUGUAAGAUAUUGAAGUGUCUAACAAAUGGCAUUGAAGUGUCUUUAAUAAAGGUUCAUUUAUAAUAUAACAGCUGUUGAGAGUGAGCUUUGGGGAGCUUCAGUUGAAAACAAAAUAAAGUUCUAAUCUGUUGCUAGA